CACCACCACACUCAAAAUUAUAGUAACAAGUGAGAGAGAGAGAGAGAGAGAAUCAAUUCUUCUAGGGUUUAUGGCGGAAGAGAGCGUAGCAGAAAUCGUCGAAGCAAACCCUACCGCCCAGGACAUGGACCUCGACACAUCCUCCGAUCAUCCCAAGGUCGACAAUGAGAACAAAAACAACAACAACAACGACGAGGCGGUCGAUUCUUCGUUGUCGACCAAGCGACCCAGAGAGGAAGGAGAAGAAGAAGGAGAAAAGGAAGAGCCCCAAAACCAAGACAACGACAAUGGUGACGGUGUCGUUUUGAAUAAGAAGCAGAAGGUAGAGGAGGAGGAAAAGUCCUUGGAAGAAGAGCGAUUGGAAAAGGUAGCUGGAGGAGAAGAACGAGAACAAGAACAAGAAAAAGAAGAGGAGGAGGAGGAGAACUCGGGUCGGGCGAGCUUGGGUCCGAAGGAUUUCGGGUCUUCGGUCGAGAUGUUUGAUUAUUUCUACAAGUUUCUCCAUUUCUGGCCCCCUAACCUCAACGUUAACAAGUAUGAGCAGAUGGUGCUGAUGGACUUGAUUAAGAAGGGUCAUCCAGAGCCAGAUAAAAAGAUUGGGGGAGGGGUUAGUGCUUUUCAGGUGCGGUACCAUCCUAUGUGGAAAAGUAGGUGCUUUUUCCUCAUAAGGGAUGAUGAGUCUGUGGAUGAUUUUAGCUUCAGGAAGUGUGUAGAUCAUAUACUUCCCUUGCCAGAAGAGAUGAAGUUAAAAUUCGAUGUCAACAAGGCCUUAGGUGGUGGUAAAGGUCAUGGUCACAGAGGUGGUGGUCAUGGUGGAAGAGGUGGUGGGCGUGGCCGUGGCCGUGGCCGUGGAAGAGGGGGUAGGUCAAGGAACUGAGGUAUCAUGUUUAAUUUACCAGAGCUCGAUUUUGCUUUUAUGACGGGGAGAGUUGUUUUUAAUUAAAGAUGUUUUUAGAAGAAACAUCAAGACUAGGUUACUUCAGUUUUAUCCUCCUAAUGCUGUUGUAUUUUUCUUUAUUCUACUCGAUAUUUAUAUUUUAAGUGGUGGUUUUCUUAAA